AUGGAAGCAGUGAUCACCAUUGAUGUGCUGAGACGUGCUGGAGUUGAGGGACUCACUCCGGAGAUCAGGAGUAAUCCGGAAAAUACCAGAUUUCAGGUCACUGUGGCGGGUCUGUUGGGUAAAGGCCCAGUGCGCUGCGCACGUCAGACGGUGAUUACGCCCGAGGUGGCGCUAUCGGAAGCAAAAGAGCGCAAA